AUGACAACAUUUGAAGAUCUUUAUACGAGAAAAUGUAAAACACCGUUGUAUUGGUCUGAGCUGAGUGCAUCCAAAAUGGUAGGAGUUGAUUUGAUUCAAGAAACUGAGGAUAAAGUUCGGAUUAUUUGGGAUAGUUUGAAAGCUGCAUCUAAUCAUCAGAAAUUAGAUACGGAUUUGAAAAGAAAAGAUAUAGAAUUUGCUGGUGGUGAUCGGGUAUUCUUAAAAGUCUCUUCAUGGAAGAAAGUGUUACGAUCUGAUCCUUCACAAGUGAUUCCUCAUAAUGAGAUUGAGCUACAGUCAGAUUUGACGUAUUUGGAGGAACUAGUGAGAAUUUUAGCCCAUGAAGUCAAAGAAUUACGGAAUAAACGAGUGCCAUUAGUAAAAGUAUUGUGGCAUCGUCAUGGUUCUGAAGAAGCUACCUAG